CUCAGGUUCACCCCACACAAAUACCACGUGUCGGCAGCGAUGCAGAUAAAACGAGCGGACAAACGAGGUGAGAGGUGAAGGGAAGUCACGUAUAAAAGCGGGUUUCUGGCCCCGGGCAGAGUGUGGUGCACCAACAGGGGGCAGUCGAGAAUCCCUGAUUCCAACAGUUUCGUCCGCGAUGCAGACCUCGGUGACUUUGUGCGCUCUGCUCCUGUCCCUCCUCUCUGUCCACGCCGAUGUUGUGCAACGCUUCGAGGAUGUGCCAGAAUGUAUGAAGUUCUUCUAUAAAGAGAAGGUGCCAGAGUGGGGGGCUUCCACAGCUGCUGCUGCCCGUCUCUGUCAGCGCUUUGUCAACAGGUUCCACUUUGCCACGCUGUACGACACCAGCCAUCGCAUUGCCGUCUACUCUGCCUACGUUUUCCAGCCCAGCAACGGCGGUGGCAGGGAGAAGAGGUGGUUUGUCGAGCCUCAGCUGGUAAACAUGUCCUGGCAAGCCGAGAUGAAGGAUGGCUACUGGCUGGGCAAGGACCACCCUGGGGUCUACCAGGGAGAGAGACAGGCUCUGAAUGAGGACUUCACCCACUCUGGCUUUGACCGUGGUCACCUGAACCCCAACGGACACCAUGCAGUCCCCAGCCGCAACGCCACUUUCACCCUGACCAAUGUGGUUCCUCAGAACCCCAAGCUGAACCAGAACGCCUGGAGGGUCCACGAGUCUCAGCUCACUGACCUGUUCCGCAGCAAGUGCUCCAAGGCCUACGUGCUGGUCGGUGCCGUCCCGUCUGCGGACAACUGGAUUGUCAAAAACAAUGUGAGGCGUGUCAACAUCCCAGACUACCUGUGGAACGCCUACUGCUGUGUUGACAACAACGGACGGCCCCUCCAGAGCGGCGCUGCCGCCGCGAGGAACACAGAGGUCAACUGGGUGGAGGCACUCUCCCUGGACGAGCUGGGAGAAUUCCUGCAGCAGUUCUCCAAUCAACCAGUGGGGGAGCUGUUUGACAACAACUGCAGGGCGUGAAAGAUAAUCAGAGGGAUGAUGAGGAAAAACUCUGCAUAUGUUACAAAUUAACAUCUAUAUAAAUAUUUCCACCACCAAUGAAUAAAAAUUCUUUGCAGAGGGA